AUGGACGAGAUCUGUGGAAAAUUAAAGUAUAUUGAGCUGGAAAACUAUAAGUCAUAUAAAGGAAAGCAAGUUAUCGGACCUUUCAGUGUAUUUACAGCUAUUAUAGGACCUAAUGGUUCAGGCAAGUCGAAUUUAAUGGAUGCUAUCAGCUUUGUUCUUGGUGAAAAUACUCGACAUUUACGCGUUCGCAGAUUGAAUGAUCUAAUCCAUGGCGCAGUUGUUGGAAGGCCUGUCGCUAAGUCAGCAUCAGUUACAGCAGUAUAUGAAAUGCCUGAUGGAGAGGAAAAGCGUUUUAGUCGUGUUAUUCAUGGUAAUACAUCUGAGUACAGAAUAAAUGGUGUUUCUGUACGCGUUGAUGAAUAUGCUGUUGCUCUUGAACAAAUACAUAUAUUUAUGAAGGUCAAGAAUUUUCUUGUUUUUCAAGGUGCUGUCGAGAGUAUUGCCAUGAAAAAUGCUCGUGAAAGAUGUCAAAUGUUUGAAGAAAUUAGCAAGUCUGCUGAAUUAAAAGAGGAAUAUGAUAUGUCAAGAAUGGAAAUGCAAAAGCUAGAAGAAAAUGCAACUUUCAAUUUACACAAGAAAAGGGGUAUUGUCGCAGAACGGAAAGAAGCGAAAAUUGAAAUAGAUGAGGCCGAAAGGUACAAAAAACUUCAAAAUGAAUUGACAAAGAAACGCCUUGAACUUCACUUAUUCAGACUUUAUUAUAAUGAUUUAGAAAUAAGACGUGUACGUGAAGAGUUGAAACAAAGAGAAGAGGCUAUUGCUGUAGAACAUGAACAACGUCAAUUAAUUGAAGAAGAAAUGAAAGAGAAACGACGUGAAUUAGGCAAAAUUAAUCGUGAUCAAUCAUCUUUAGAACAAGAGAUAAAAAAAUGUGAGCAAAAAAUUGGUAAAAAGAAACCUGAAUAUAUAAAAGUAUCUCAACUAUUACGUCAUGUUGGUGAAAAGCAUAAAGAAUCUAAAAAAUCAUUAGAGAAUGCUAGACAAUUGCAUAGUACACAUUUACAAGAAAUUGAUCAAUUAGAGGUGGAAUAUGAGAAAAUUUCCAAUUUACAACAAGAAUAUGAACAACAACAGACUAAGAAAUCACUUGAACAAGGUCGAGAUUUAGAAUUGGAAGAGACACAAUUAACAGAAUAUCAUCGUUUAAAACAAAAAGUUGCUGAAAGAACUUCACACUUAUCUGCUGUACUCGAUAAUUUAAAUCGUGAGUAUAAUGAACAAAAAGAUAUGUAUGAUGCCUUGUAUCGACGUAAAAAUGAAAUUGAAAGUUCUUUAAAACGUAAAGAAACAGAAUUGAAUGAGAAUAAAAAACGUCUACAAAAAUUAUUAGAAUAUAUUGAUUCAAGUAAUCGUGCUAUUACUGAACAACGUGAAACUGAAAAAUCUAUUCGUGAAGAAGUUGAACUUGCCACAAGACGUAUUGAUGAAAUUAAUGCUGAAUUGGAAACAGUUGUUUGUCAAUUGGGUGAAGCAAAAGUUGAACGACAUGAAUCUUCACGUGCUGCAAAAAAACAAGAGCUUAUUGAAAAUUUGAAACGUCUUUUUCCUGGAGUUCAUGGUCGAUUAUUAGAAAUGUGUCAACCAUCACAUCGUCGUUAUCAGGUGGCAAUUACAAAAGUCCUUGGAAAAUAUAUGGAUGCUAUUGUAUGCGAUAGUGAAAAAACUGCUAAAGAAUGCAUUCAAUACAUGAAAGAUCAGCGUAUUGAACCAGAGACAUUUCUACCUCUUGACUUCUUAGAUGUAAAACCGAUUGAUGAGAAAUUACGUGAAAUCAGUGAACCACCAAAUGUUCACUUAGUAAUUGAUGUUAUCCAAUGUGAUCCAAUCAUUGUAAAGAAGGCGUUAACCUUUGCAUGUGGUAAUGCAUUAGUUUGUGAAACUGUUGAACAUGCUCGCUAUGUUGCCUAUCAUAUGGGAGAUAGAAAAAAGACUGUAUCACUAGAAGGUACUCUGUUUCAACGUUCUGGUGUUAUAUCUGGUGGUGCAAGUGAUUUAAAAGCUCGUGCACGUCGUUGGGAUGAAAAACAGAUCAAACAAUUGAAGCGUAAACGUAAAGAAGCUGAACUGAGAACUAUUCAAUCACAAAUCAAAGGACUAGAUACUAGACUAAAGUAUACAUUAAAAGAUAAAGAUAGUACAGAGGAGAAACUUCUUAGCACAAAUGAAGAGGAAAUGAAUCAAAUCGCCCGUGAAUUAGAAGAAGUUGAAGAGAGUUUAGGACGUUGUCAAACUAAGAUGCAAGAACUCCAAAUCUCAGUGAAUGCAGAGAAAGCGAAAAUGGAUACUGUUGAAGAUACCGUGUUUCAUGAUUUCUGUGUACAAAUCAGUGUAGAAAAUAUCAGACAAUAUGAAGAUCGAGAGUUGCGUGUUGCUCGUGAACGUGAUCGUAAACGAAUUGAGUUUACUAAUCAACUUCAACGAAUCAAUAAUCAAUUAGAGUAUGAACGAUCACGUGAUACAGAGGCUAAUGUUAAGCGUUGGGAAGAGACAGUUGCAGCGGAAAGAGCUGAAAUGGAUAAAUGUAAAAAACAAGAGAAAAAGAUUAAAGAAGAAAUGGAACAAGAAGAGAAUAAAAAAUCAGAAAUUGAAUCACAAGUUAGUCAAUUGAAACGUCGUGCAGAAGCAUUAGAUAGUGAGCUAGCUGAAGUACGUAGACGUUUAGUCGCUAAACAACGUGAUAUUCAAAAACUUCAAAAAGAUUUAAAUCAAGCUGAAGCAAAAUUAGAAUCUAGGCGAGCUGAACGACAUUCCCUUAUACAGGCGGCUAAAAUGGAAGAUUUAGAAUUUCCAUUGAAACCAGGCUCUAGUUCUAUACCUGAAUUGAAUAGUCAGCUGACAGACAGUGAAAAUAAUAUAGAUCCUACUUCAGAAGAAAUGGCUCGUAUUUAUGAAUUAGAGGCUCGUUUACCAAUUGAUUUCAAGCAACUUGAUAAACCUUUACGACAAAUAACUGAUGAAAGAGAAGUCAACAGAAAAGCUGAAGAAAUGCAAAAUCAAGUUGAUUCAAUGUUAAAUAGUUUAGCACGAAUACAAGCACCGAAUUUACGUGCUGGUGAUAAAUUAGGCAGUGUUGAAGAACGUUUAAGAUCAACUGAAGCAGAAUUUGAAGAUACACGUCGUAGAGCUAAACGUGCUAAAGCUAGAUUUGAACGUGUACGACGUUUACGCUAUAAUGCUUUUAUGACUUGUUUCAAUGCAAUCGCUGAUAAUAUUGAUCCAAUUUAUAAAAGUUUAUCAAGAAAUCCUGGUGCUCAAGCGAGUUUGUUGCCAACUAAUCCUGAAGAGCCAUAUCUAGAAGAAAUACAAUUUCAGUGUGUUGCACCAGGUAAACGUUUUCAACAAAUGGAUAGUCUUUCUGGUGGAGAGAAGACAAUAGCAGCAUUAGCUCUUCUAUUCGCUAUGCAUCGAUAUAAUCCAUCACCAUUUUUUGUAUUAGAUGAAAUCGACGCUGCACUAGACAAUACAAAUAUUGGCAAGGUUGCUAGUUUUAUUCGUGAAUAUGCUUCAGCUCGAGCACAAAUAAUUGUUAUUUCAUUGAAAGAAGAAUUCUAUAGUCGUGCAGAUAGUUUAAUUGGUAUUUAUCCGGAUAUUGAGAACAAUUGUCUUGUCAGCCGUGUUCUCACCUUUGAUCUGUCAAAAUAUAUUGAUACAGGAGAACAAUAA